CUUUGGCCAAGUCAGACGGCACCGAGCUCUCGGACGGGACGCACGCGCGCGCUCUCGCACCCAAAAAAAAUAUUCACGUCACCAAAAAACACGGGACAACUUGUUUUUCACAUAGAAACGUGUUUAAACAACCAACAGUGUGUAAUAACACAUCGGGAUAUACUUUGUCUGUGUACAAAACAGGUUUUUUUCGACUUGUGAUAUCAGUAAAGUUGUAGAAAGUUUUGCAUUAACAGAUCUGUGCUUGUGUGUGUGUUGUGUUGUGUUGUUUAAUAAGAUUGAACAUUUCGGAUCCGAGCAAUCAUCUUCUGGAUAUAGCUCACCGCGGCUAAGAAGCUUUCUGCCAAAGUUCCUUUAUAAGAUGUGACAAAACCCAACAAUGGCAGCCACAGACGGCCAAGUUGUGGUCGCAGCGUCACGCUGGUCCGACGAGGGCAGCUACCUUCGCGAGUUCGUCAUCAAGAACCGACUACCCAACGUCGCCAAGAUCAUCAAGGGCCAAUAUGGCGGCCUUGGUGUCCCCACUCUCCCCAGCCCUGGGCUUCAGAGCACCGCACUCCUCGUAUCCGCUGGGAAAAGGAAGAAAAUCAUCGCCCAGGCCAUAAAAUUAAAAGAAGGAAGGCGCAUGGUCCCAGUUGGGCCACGACUUGCUAUCCCAGAUUCUUACAAAGGCUAUUUCGAACUGCUAAGCGAGGAAGGACGAGCUGUAAGAUGUAUAGAAACAGUAGCAGAGCUUGCUAGAAGAAAACUAGAUGAUGGAUGUUUGGUAAGAGAUCCGAUCAGAGUGAUUUGCGGUAAAACAGACUUAGAUGGUAACGUCACUGCGGAUGGAGCUAGAAAUCUACCAGCAGGGGAAAUUAUAAUGCCAAGAGGAGAGACGUUUUUAGGCAAGAAUAAAUAUUUGAAAUGUAACGAUUCAAAGGGCGAUCUUGUGCUGUUAAGUUUGGAUCAGAGGGGAAAGUUCUCUGCUGUUGCUAAGGAAGAGAAUAUAAGUGGUGUUCACACAGCAAAAACGUUGCUGACUAAACGAUUACCUAUUACUGUGAGAUUAGUACACGGAACCCCACCUCGAGGCCUAAAGAGUGCAAGUCAUUUUGUACCGGAACUGAGACUGCUAUCCAUGUUUGAAGAGGAUCAUGUUUUCGCACUCCCACUACAAAAAGAAGGUAACGCUUUAAUAACUUUACCUUUGGCGGCGCCAUUGAAAAUGCAAAGAUGUAAGAAUGAGGAACAGAUUAAGAAUUUCAUGGAAUUUUCUAGACUAGUCGAGAAGUGCAGUCGGUUGUUGGUAGACGUGGUUGAUAGGAUGCAUGUUUUAGAAGGGAAAUUGGGUGAUCCCAAACGUGUCUUAACGGGUCCAUUGCACGCCCCGUCUAUAGUAAAAACUGGAUACUUCCUCCGACGUAGCGCUUCCUCAGAUUCGGCUAACCAGCACAAACAUUUACGACAUCAUCACAUAUACAGCAGUCAUAGAGAUGAGAACAGCAUCCCUGACGAAUACGAUGAAAUCGACCAGAUUUACGACUACGUCAGAGGUUUUGCUCCAUUGCCUAAGAAUAUCAAGGCUUCGUACUCAAAUGAGCCCAGGCACGAAUCGUCACCGUCAUCUCCCGUCGCGACGCCAAUCCACAUGCCUUUGAUAGCCGAAAUCAAACCGGAACCGCCGCCCAUCGAAACCAUACCAACUAAGAAACCCUUAAACAUCCAGAAAGCUGAGAAAAGAACUCGUAAAUCAGUCGCACCGAAGGAACCACUGGUCACUGUCUACAAAGAGAAGUGUUCUAUCGCCCCAGCACCUAAUUUACCUAAGUUGUACAUCAAGAAUAAUGUGAGUAACGGAAAGACCAAGAUGGUGUUCAGACAGAAAAGUAACUCACCGACGAAAGAAACGCCUAGUCCGCUCGCUAGUCCAAUAAAAGCAAUCAAAGGUGACUCACCCAUCUUCAAUAUACGGUACAAAAGUCUUUCGAAUAUCCACCAAGCCAUGGAACUGGAUGGAACGUUAGACUCCAGCCAUUCUGGAGGCAGGACGUCUGGCGACUCGGGUAACGGACCUAAACUACCAGAAAAAAGGUCCAGAAAGCUCAGCAGGCCGAAAUCACUGACGAAUUUAGUAUGGGAACUGAAGGGCGGUCCCGUUGAGGAGAAACCAAAAUCUAGAAUUAAACACGAGGGAUACAAGAAGAUGGGAAACAAGUUGUCGCUGGGAGCGCAGAAGAGAGUGCCGACGCUGUAUCUUUAAUUUCUUGGUCCACGAAUGUCAAGAAGACAUGACGUCGGAGUCCACAACUGCGAUGGAUACAUACGAACAAACGAAUUUAUUACAAUAUAGGUGACAGUCACCAGAGAAUGUUCUAGAAUACUUCAGAAACCACACCACAUUUAUAAUUCUGAAAUGGAAAUUCAAUUAUUAAAAAAUAUGCACAUAAUAGUUGCAUAAUAGAAGUCGACAUCAUAAUGAAGUUGUUAAUUAUGAAGUUUUGGCUCCUAAUAAAAAUAGUAUUUUUUUACCGCAAUUUACAGUGACCAUGCGCUGUUGUGAUCCGGUUUGAAGUACAUUGUAGCGUAAUUACAGGGCAUUAUGAGACAACAUCCUGUCUCAGGCGCAAUGGACUGCCAUGCAGUUUGUAAUUCAAGUUCUAUUUGGCAUUAUUGAUAGGAGGAAGUAGAAUGCAUAAUUUAUCACCAUAUUGUGGUGUAGUUUUUGAAGAAAUGCAGAUUUUUAUUGGACUAUAUUUAUUUUAUAAUUUAUUAUUUUGUGUUGAUAUUGACUGGGUUUUUUUCAAUACAUUGUACCCAUUAGCAACAAAAACCCGAACAAAUUCAAAACUUAAGUUUUGUUCUUGCUAACCGUACCUACAAUACAGUACUUGGAUCAAGCAUCUGUUGACGCUUGUAAAAAAAUUGCCGGCCCAUCUCCAUUGAAACCAGGAAGAAAUAGGUUUAAUUUCGUUAUAUUUGUAGUUAUGUUAUUUAAUCUUUUACAUGAGUAUUAAGUCCAAUAAAAUCUGCAAUAACAUAAUAAAUACAAUAUUCGUAUCAAGAUACAUAAAUAUAUUUCAGUUUGAUAUAACGCGGUACGCAAACCUCAAAAUAUUUACUGGUAACUUUGUUUUCUGAACGAAUUGUGUUCUGACACACGUCAGAAACUAUCUGAGACAGUAUUUGCAUAUUUACUUCAAAGAGAUUUAUGUGUUUACGAUUCCUACAUUCGCCGUUAAAUCAGCAUACAAAGUUCAAUAAAUAUAUUUUUAUAUCUUGAUACAAACCCGACUAUGAGUUAUUUAGUUUCAAAUCCAAAAAUCUAAUUCCAAUUUUAAUAAGACCGUAAAUUUAUUCAUUUUCGAUUAUUAUUUUGAAUUGAAACAAAUAAGUGCUCGACAAACGUUCCAAUUUAAAUAUACGACAAAAACAUAAGUUUUGAUCUCUUAAUUAAUUAUGUAAUAUGUAUUUAUGAAUUGUAAUGCCAUAUUAAAGAUAAUUUUCGGUCUUCUAUCUUUAGAUUUAAGUUGGCUAUUACUUAUAAGCCUAUUACGAUCAUCAGCCUAUUAAGACGAGUAUACAUAGACAAGAAAGCAAGCGUAUCGUUAAGACUAUACCGUAGACUCUAUAGUAUUAUGUUUGUUACAACAAAAAAUGUUAACUUCAAAAAGCAAUCACCUAUCUGAUAUCACUUUUAUGUCUAGCAUUGAUAUUAAUAUUAUCUGACACUAGCUUUUGCUCGCGGCUUCGUCCGCGCGAUGAUGUUUUCCGGGAUAAAAAUCCCGCUGUAUAUUUUCCCGGGAUUGAAAGUAGCCUAUAACCUUCCUAGAGUAUUAAACUAUCUCGAGGCCAAAUUUCAUAAAAAAUCGUUAACAACAGAAAAUCGAUAACAUACAGACAAACAGAAAAGAGGACUUUGUUUUAUAAUACAUGUAUAGAUUGUUAAAUGGGUGUCAAAAAAUCUAGUUUUGUUUCCAAGCUUUUCUUUAUCGACGCACAUGCUUUCAUAAAUUAGUUAUGAAGUAGGUAUAAUGGGCUGAUGAUUAUAAGAAUUUUCAUGUAAACUUACUUUUGAGUUCAAUUAAUUAAAAGUAGUCGUUUACAUUUGUAAAUUAUCAGGUUAAUCGCAUUAGCUAAAUGAAUUCUUAUAUUUCAAUAUUUAAAAUUAGAAAAAAAAAGUAAGUUAAAUUUAAACCAAAAACGCGAGGUGCCUUAUUAUGAAUAAAUUAAUGGAAACUUCAUGUUUUUGCUUACAAUAUCAUGUAUUUUAUAUUAAGAUAAUGCAGUCACAAAACGUUUUUAAAGUUUGACGCGUGACAUCUGUCAGAUUGACGCUGUCACCCUGACAGCUGAUGUCAAGUUGUCAAACCACAUUUGUCUUUUGCAUUUAUAUUUUUUACAGUCUUUAGCGUUAGUCUUUUAGAAUUAAAAUUAAUAAACUUUUUCAAUAAGCUUAUACUGGACAUCUUUUGGCCUCACGCUGGAUGUCUUUGCCUGCUUGUCUGUCAUAGACAAUAAGUAAACUCUUUCGAAAACGAUAAACUUCUUGGAUUUUCAAAAUUAAUUUGAAUAUUCGAUAUGUUUAUCAAUUAAUCUAUGGUUUUAUUACCGCAAUAUCCAAUAGAGUAACGUUCUUUAUAAUAGUUUUUUUAUUGUCAUUAGGUUUAAGUUAAUGUUGUCAAGUCUCGAACGAUCUUGUAAUACAUUACAAUAUAAAUAAACGAAAAAUUUAAGAAA